AUGUUCAAGGACGAGCAGUCGAUGAGAGACGCUAUCGAGGGAAUAAACGGUGAGGAUCUUGACGGGCGCAACAUCACCAUCAACGAGGCCCAGUCCCGCGGAAGCGGUGGUGGCAGAGGCGGCGGGUUCCGCGGUGGUGGUGGUCGUCGUGAGGGUGGAUACGGUGGUGGUGGAUAUGUUGACGAUGUUGAUCAUGGCGUUGAUGUCGCUGAUGUUGAUGAUGGCACUAACGUUGAUGAUGUCGAUCAUGGUGCUGAUGUUGAUGACGUCAAUCAUGGCGCUGAGGUUGAUGAUGUUGAUCGUAGCACCGAUGUUGAUAAUGUUGAUGAUAUUGAUGACGACUACUGCCCUAUUUCCGUAAUUUCACAUUAUCAAAUUACCAAGUUUGUCCAUUAG